CUUGCUCGGCUACGCUGCAUCUACUUCUGUCUAGCAGCAGUAGUUUCCACGUUGAAUAACUCGACUAGACCAGCUCGGCCAGAUGCAAUUCCUGUCUGGGUCACCACGUGACUCGAAACAAGAGCGUUGAGUCUCACAUUUUUCAGCAAACAGAAGAUUAUCUGCUUUCAAACGUAAGGCCAUUUGUACAUUUCAAGAAAGUAACAAGAUCCCGUGAUGAUGGCCUGAACUGAGGUAAGCGGAGGAGUUGUUAAGACUUGGGUUUGGUGGUCAUUGCGGGGAACUCGACGCAAGGGACGGGCCAGCAGUACAGAGAAUGUUGUUGGCUCGGAAAAGCCCUGAGGGGCUCUCUUAGUUGUCUGCUACUUCUAAAGGCCUCGCCUCUUCUUCGUCUUCAACAGCCACUGCCGCCAUUACUCUUAGAAGUCGUGUCUUUGGCUUGGGUUCUUAUAUACGAAUGGAUGAAGAAAACGAGCGAACGAAGGAGCCGAAGCCUCUCCUGCAAGCAAUUUCUCCUGCCAUCUUCUUCAUCUCCGAUAUUUGUGGGAAAGGAAUCCAAACGCAGUGCCAUUAUCCAAGAUAGUCAACAAGUUGUGUGUCCUAGUGUUUAUGAAUUUCUCUCUCUCCUGUAAUAAUAACCUCGACAUUUUUCACAUCUGUGUGUGUGCUUGUACUGGAAAACCAUUCAUAUGUCAACAGUAUGAUGUGAACAGCAAGUGUUAAGAGUCGUCACUUUCCUCUUCUGUAAUCCAGUUACAAUCAUAAGUAAGUACUUAAUGUGUGCUCCAGUAGUUUUGUGCAGACAGUUGUGUACACGUUCUGGUUGAAUCUUGAAGUCUUGUAUUCGAUGUAGUGCCUCUUAUAUUGGUGUUUUGCUCUCAAGUACUGUAGUCCACUAAAAUGAACUGAAGUUAAUCACACGUGUUUAGAGAAUAGUAAUAGAUUUAUGUUCUCAACGUUUAGAAACACUUGAUGCGUUAAAUAUUUUACAAAAAAAAAAGUUUAACUUUGAAAAGAAACUGUGAUAAAUGCAACUUUUCGUGAGCAAUUAAUUCUAUAAAUAAUUGCCUUCUAGUGUUUAGGUUAACAAGUGUCUGUAUGUUCCGAAACGUACUUCCUUCUCUAUCACGUCCUAACUAAACGAAGUACGGUAGUGUACUAAAAGAACACAACUCGUAACAACACGAACCAGAACUUGUUGGUGGAAACUGUGGAUAUGAACGGAACAGGUUGGCACUCUUACAAAGGGAACUAACUAGUUGUAGAGGACACCGAACACUGUGUUGUUCAAAACCGGUGUUACAUGUUGGAGAGCACAAACCAGGGGUCCUGCUGUAGCUGGUUUUAACCUACCGCUACUGCCCACUGCUGCAAACUUGCCUCUUGUUCCCCUUAUAGACACGGACAUACUUGUGUGUAUGUAUGCGAGACGUUAUAUAAUGACCUAAGGUUAUGCUUUGUACCUUUAUUUGCUGGCUCAGCACUGAAGAACCAGAAAAGUUAGUAAGAAUAGGGGAAAGAAAAACAAAACCUCCCCUACAUUGAACCUGCCGAGUAAUGUACCCUUCCCCUCCCCUACCGUUCUAUCUGAAACAGUAGAAAACAGGUUCAUCAUAAGCAGUUACUACUAUAUAGUUUACUACAACUUCCACUACUCCAUUCGUUGUUUGGAGUAUUUUAAAUAGAAGAAGAACCCAUUCCGGUUUUCUUCACGCGAGCACUUACAUUUAUCCAUUAGUUCGCUGACAGAACCGGUCGCUUAUUCUCUGCUGAUCAUAAUAUCACCACGUGCCAUACUUGUUACACAAUAGUCCCAGUUAUACCACAUUCAGUUAUUAAUGCUCAGAAUUAAACUGGGGUGUUUCAAGAGAACCCAGUGAAGACUGUGUUAAUACCAUCAUUAUAAUCUCUUUCAUGCCAAACACUUAAACAUUGAACAAACAAGUUAGCACUUAACGAAGUUGCUCUUCUGAAUAUACGUUAAUCAGACCAGCAAUUAAAUGGCCUCUAGACUCCUCCCAAAUGAGUGGACCAUUUGACUGGAUACACAAAUGGCAUAUAAAACUGAGUGAAAACAAGCUGUGCAAAUUUUCGGUUUAAGUUGCCAUAAAAAACUGUGCGACAUAAUUUUUGUUAGUAUUUGACUCGGUAAAUAAUUGCUUCCAGGAAAUAAAAUAAUCAAACAAUGACAAAGCGGGGAUUGGAAAACCCCGUGACUGUGCCCCAAGACAGUCCACCAUCGCCCCCUCCCCCUAUGGCGUCGCCUGCACCCACAUCAACUCCUCCACCACAUCAAUCGACAAGCCCGCCAAUCAUGCUAGCCACUAUGACGCCCGUUAGUGUUGUCGGGCUUCAGAAGGAGUAUGGUGAUGAAGAUAAUGAGCAUCAGAAACCAUCCCCACUUUAUCAGACGCACAUCGUCACGAGCAACCAGCUGAAGGAUGAAUUCGGGCCUGAAGAGGAGGAAAAGAAAUCCAGUGGCGUCACAUACGAAGAUAGAAUAGGGACGCCUCAGGACCACGCGAGUGAACUGACCGUUACAACAGCCGAGGCAACGCCUACAACAGAGACAUUACCUGAAGUUCAUCUGGUGGACCCUGGAACUGGAGCAACUGUAGUGGCCACAACUGGAGCUGCAAAUAACGCCACUGUUUCCGUCGUGGUCCAGCAGCCCCAACUUCUGAAUCAGGCGUACCAACAGCAACCCGGAGCAGGGACUACGGUUCUAGUUCUCUCUGAGCUAGUAGAGGAUAUGUCUCCAGUCAUCGGUAUCAGAAAGCGGAAGGACAUCGGGGGGGAGGAGUACGUGCUGGGGCCCCCCCUCCCGACACGUACCGGAACUCCCCUGGCCCGCAUGACUGAAAUGCCACCAUCAGGAGAACCCGGAGGCGGUGGUGCUCCUGGCGAAGACGGAGGAUGGCGAACAGCCUACUAUAGCAAUGAACAUCCUCUGACAGCUGCCACAACGGCCAUGUUGAACAUCAGCGGGGGUGGCGCAGAGGAGCCCACACAGUCCAUGGGCUUCAUCUACGAGUACUGCCGAUUGCCACAGCUGUCUGCCACAGUCACCGAUAAGGAUAAACUGGAAAUAUGGCCGACGACAUCCUCAGCGAGUGGCAGUCCCCUACUGACGUCACAUGUUAAAGCCACCAAUGGACUGGGCACCGGGGCGGCACACGAGUUGAUCGCCCCUCCUCCUCCGUCGUCAUCGGUCCUUAGCCCCGCCUCACCCGCUACUGUAGCCUCGGCGGCCGAUCUGCAGGGCCUGUUUUUGCAUCAUCACCACCACCAACAGCAACAAUUGCACCAUCAACAAUUCAUCGUAAAACGUGAACCGGAAGAUUUAAGUCACCGCCACAAGGUUUCCGGCUCGCCGCCUCUCCUUGACACAGGGACAACUGGGAGUAUUAUAAUUAGUGGCAAGUCCGGUAGUGCCGGAGGAGCACCACGACAUAAGCUCGUGCUGGUGUCUACAAAUGGGGGCACGGCGGGGGACCUAGUUGUGGACGUGGUGAAUAACAACGGGACCGCCAUUAAGGAGGAGAUCCCGUCACACCGUGGGCUCAACUCGCCCCAGCACGGUAGCCGUUCCAUCAACGGAACGCCGUCCUCCACAUCUUCGCUCCUGGGUGCGGACGGUGGCGGCACCUCCACAACGGGUGGUCCUAUAGAACUCAUAGCAACGGAUGGUCUCAAGCCCCCGAUGUCUUACAGUACCCAGAUCUUCACGUCCAUGAACAACGCUCAACACCACGGUGGAAGCGGGACCCCGUCCCCGAUACCGUACUCUGACCAUGUGCCACAGUAUACAACCACCGCCGUGUCACAGGGAGGUGGUGGUGCCGGUUAUGCGACAACGCCCGCGACCGGAAAUAUCCGUGCCACAAGUUCCACCGCUUUCACUGUAACAGAUCCGUACUACCGGGAAUAUUUCACCACGGUGACCGGUGGAACUUCAGCAGAACAGGGAUACACGACGCAAGUUCGGCAACAGAUCCCACCUUACGCGGACAGUCCCGAAGGAUCUGGGGGUGGUGGCGGUGGUGGUGGGGGUGGUGGUAGUGGAACGUCGAGCACAACGGCGUCCAUAAUGGAGCGUUACGGACGUAGCAACGUUUACCACAAUAACAAGAGUGCUGUGUCAGCAGCCACUGUCGCGGGCCUCACGGUGGAUCUUCCCUCGCCUGACAGCGGAAUUGGAGCCGAGGCCGUCACUCCGCGCGACCAGACAGCCAUACAGCAGCAAUUCGACUACACGGACCUCUGCCAGGCAGGGCCCCUGCUGAGCGACUCGGCGUUAGCGGCGCAGAGAGCGGCGGCCGGACAGUCCCCAGGGCAGGGCAACGCGGGAGGCAGGUCUCGCCCCUGGCACGAUUUCGGUAGACAGAACGACGCUGACAAAAUACAGAUACCCAAAUUAUACUCGCAAUAUGGGUUCAAGUACCACCUGGAAACGCCAAUUUCGACGAGCCAGAGGCGAGAGGACGACAGAAUCACGUACAUCAACAAGGGCCAGUUCUAUGGAAUCACGCUGGAGUACAUCCCUGACCCGGACAAGCCUCUCAAGAGUCAAACAGUCAAGAGCGUCGUUAUGCUAAUGUUCCGAGAGGAAAAGAGUCCUGAGGACGAAAUUAAAGCCUGGCAAUUCUGGCAUGGGAGACAGCACAGUGUCAAGCAGAGGAUACUGGAUGCAGAUACGAAAAACAGCGUUGGUCUGGUUGGCUGCAUUGAAGAGGUUGCCCACAACGCAAUAGCCGUGUAUUGGAACCCACUUGAAAGCACAGCGAAAAUCAAUGUGGCUGUCCAGUGCCUCAGUACCGACUUCAGCAGUCAGAAGGGCGUCAAAGGUUUGCCCCUUCACCUUCAGAUAGACACGUACGAGGACCCGAGAGAUAGUGCCAUCUUUCACAGAGGAUACUGCCAGAUCAAAGUGUUCUGCGACAAGGGUGCAGAGAGGAAGACACGUGAUGAGGAACGACGAGCCGCUAAGCGCAAGAUGACAGCCAGCGGGCGGAAGAAGAUGGAUGAACUAUACCACCCAGCAACAGAAAGGUCUGAGUUCUACACCAUGAGUGACCUUACUAAGCCUCCUGUCCUCUUCACCCCUGCAGAGGACAUUGACAAGCUGACUUCAAUGGAACUACAGGGAUUCUAUGGGCAUGAGACCGACAGUUCAAGCCUGUCGAAUGGGGAGGCAAGUUCUGGGUCUCAGCAUGGGCUUGGGAAGCAGGGAUUGCCUUUCCUCCUGCAUACGAGCAAACCAAGCACCACGCCGACUCUCAAGUUCCACAACCACUUCCCCCCGGACACACCUGGUGAUAAGAAGGAUGGAAUUAUUGAUGGUGCAAACUUAUCAACAGAUGGAAAUGUUUUCUCAAGCCCACCAAUCAAGAGGGCAAAAAUGAUGGCAGCACCGUCACUUAAUGAACGAGUGAUGCUGUAUGUCCGUCAGGAUACAGAGGACGUGUAUACACCUCUGCAUGUUAUUCCUCCUACGACACAAGGGCUACUCAAUGCGAUUGAGAAUAAGUACAAAAUUUCUACUUCAAGCAUUAGUAACUUGUAUCGAAAAAACAAAAAAGGGAUUAUAGCCAAAAUUGAUGAUGAUAUGCUCAAGUACUACUGCAAUGAAGACCUGUUUCUUCUGGAUAUAAAACAGGUGGAGGGGGAUGAUGCUUUUGAAGUCACACUCAUUGAACUUAUGGAUCAUUAGUAGCAGGAUAUAAUAUUGCCUCAUCUAUAUCAGUCUUUCAUUUGCGAUGCCAUGGGGGCAAAGUGUUUCAGUGCGUUUACAUUGUUCAUUUUGAAUAUAAUUACUACUAUAUCAUAGUAAUUAUUGUUAUUUUAUGUUAGAGUGAAAAUUAAAAUAUAUGUUCUAUUAAGAUUAUGAUGUUUGUCUUCUAGUAAACCAGUGAAUAAAUGUGCUUUAUUGACAACAUUGAGAGUGAUGGUUAUUGUUUAUAUUUAUUUUUUAUACAAUGAAACAGAUAUCAAAAUAACCGUGUAUAUGAGACCAAGUUCAGGAAUUGGACUCAGAGAACAUCAAGUGAGUGAAUGAAUGAUGGAAGAGUGCCCGAGUGUGUGUUCUGCUUCUCCAGUGAGAGGGAAUUGAAAAGACUUCUACUGUAUUAACUUUGUCAAGAUAAACAGAAAAAAUGACAACUUAUGAAAUGUAAAAAACGAAAAUCGGUUUGGAGAGAAUGUUUUGUAAAAAUAUGACAAAGAUUAUAUAUACAUAUACAUACAUGAACCUGCCCUGUUUGUAAAAUUAGAUAACAAACUACUGCAUUUGAAUCUAAAUUCUUCUGAUGUCAUCUUUUCUUAGAUGAGGAACAGUAGAGUUGUAAGAAUCAAACAUAAGUUUUAUAUUAUAUUUGUUGUGUUUUUAAUUUUAGAAAGACCUGUUUCAGGGUUUGUUGAUCUCAGAAUGUCAGAGAACAUUUAAAAUAGCACAAAUGAACAUAACAAAGUGCUCCUCUCUGUUGAACAGCCAAGGAAAGGUCUUGGCUAGAGAUAUACAAAAUAUGGUGGAAUACUGACAGCAGUUUUAUAGUUAAUAGUCCCUCAAACCAUGUGAUGUCAAACAACACACCACCCUGAACAGCACAUGAAUUCUCUCCAAUAUUGUGACUUACAAGAAGAUCCUACAGCCUUGCUACUUAUCUUUGGCUGAAAAACGUGAGACAACUUGCAGCCAAAUUCAUAAUUCAUAAUAAUUUUAUUUACAUCCAUAACUGUAAAAUUGCUAUUGUCAUUCAGAUUUGUGACUCUGAUAAUUGCUUCUUCCAUAUAUAGCAAAUUAUUUACAGCCCAUAGAUGAAGUUGAAAACAUCCUGUUGCUUACUAUUGCUAAUAUUUCAAAAAGUCACAUGUUCAAGCAAUUCUUUAAACAAUGUACAGCUAUAGGAUGAUUAGAAAUAUCCAUUAUCUCUUACACUAGAAUGUGCUGAGAAAUACAUUGUUAAUGCAGAAGUCAUUAUUUCAAUGCAACAUUAUUAUCAGAUAAUAAAAGCCAUAUUGCUUUUGACUGCUUGAUAAAAGACUAACUCUGUCUUCCAAUAAUUAUGUAAUAAUUAUUAGUAGGAUAUUGUUAUUAUCUUAGAAGAUAGUCUCCUAUAUUGUUAAUACUAAUAAGGAACCUUGUACUGGAGGAAAUUUGAGGUGUUGUUACAAGUUCAUUUUUACAUAUUUUAUAAUAAUAGUAGCACACAAUUUUCAUUAGGCAAUAGUGUUUUGUUCAUGAUUGCUACCAGUACAUAGGUCACUGUGAUACACAAAAGACAUUAAAAUCACUAUCAAUAUGAUAGUUUUUAAGCUAAUUCAAAGUAAUCAUUUCUACCUAAUAGUAAGAGGAAAUUAGGUUAUGAAAUGGGCACUUGAACAUAAACCAGGUAGAAAGCUCAAUAAGAAUAAUCAUAGAUAUUGUAAUUAAUUUUAUUGGAUUUUGUUACUUGAUUAAGUUUCUUACAAAGGCUAAAAAGAAGGAAGAGGAAUUUAAUCUGGAAUUUUGUAUACAUUUGGAAAAGGGAAAAUUGUAUGGACUUCUUUCAAACAAACCCCCACUGGUUGAUUGUUGCGUACCUGAGUUUCUGUUGUGUUUUUUAAAGCUUUCAUUCAGUAGAAUUUCAAAUAAUCAACAUAAACAGUUUUUCUCAGAGGGAUUACCAAGUACGUAAUAAAUAUAAUUAUCAUUUUAUUGCUUUCUGUUUCACCAUAUUAACUAACAGCAAAACUUCAUUAGAUUCAUUUUAGAAAUGAAGACUAAGGAACCAUCAUUUAAUAUAUUUAUAUAUUCUAGUGGUGAUGGUGAAGGUUAUUGUGAACAAGGCCGGUCUCCAAACUUCUCGUUUGUGUUUUAUAUGAGUAUAAUAAUAAUAUAAAAGUUAUGUGAGUACGUGUUUUGUAUAUUAAUCGUGUGUGCCCUAAUUUAUUGCGUAGUAUUUUUGUUCUUCUUUGUGUGUUGCCCAUUUUUUAUUAUUAUUGUUGCAGACAUUUUGAUACAUUUAUAUUUCACUUAAGAUAUUUUAGUAUCAAGUAUUUUCAUGGGUAACAGCAGAGAUGUGUUUGUAUGUAUUGUAAUGUAUCUCUCAAAAAUAUAUUAUUUAAGCUAAUAUAAACUCUUUAAUUGUAGUGUAGCCUCUUUGCUGUUUGCUGAUAAUCAUUAAGCCUAUACUUCCUGAGAGAAAAAUCUUAAAAGCAUACUAUUACAUCGAAAUUGUAUCAUCUAAUUUAACAGAAGCACAACAGUAAAUUAGAGAACUGAUUGCAAUAUUCAUGUGCCAAAAAGAAAAGUAUUUGUAGUAGAGUUAGGUUUAACAAAUAGACUAGAGCAAUACAAAAUUCUACUGUAAGAUUAAAAAAAAUCUUGUCAUAAAAUAUAUUGCAAUUGUUUUCUUUUCCUCUGAUUAAAUUUUUGAGAGGUGCAUUGCUAAUAAUAAUUAUUUACUGUACAUGAUAUCAAAUAAGUUACUUUAUUAACAACAGAAAUGAACUCUCCUGAUUCUUUGCUAUUUUAGAGAAUUAUGUGCCUUAUAUGGUUGAUUCUAUAUCAUUGUUAGCAAACAUCUGAGAACACUGAAAUUCUGAAAUCUCUUACAACUCAGGAUUUGGGGGGGGGAGAUAUAUCUUCCCUUAGCUUGUAUGUAAAAUUCAUAUAGAUUUGGAAAUCUUUUCUGCCAAAGUACCAACCUUUAAAAUAUGUUGGAUGGUUCUCAAGCUUCCCAAGCAGCCUUGCACUAACUAGGAAAUGAGUUACAGAACAUGCACCUGAAGAUCUAGCAUUUGUAAUUCACAGUAUGGAAAAAUAUAUUUACAAAAUUAUUGAGGUAUCCAAGUAGCAGGAAAGAAAGAUAUAUCAGCCAGCAAUGUUUCCAUCUAUUAGGACUGUUCUCAUUUCUUGAGACAGAUCAGUGUACCAAACAACAACAUUGUGUAUUUUGGGAUCAUAUAUAUAGACAUGUUCUGAAUUUUGAGAUCAUAUAUAUAGACUCGUGUUCUGAAUUUUUGGGAUUUGAGUUUUUCAUGGCAGUGAUUAUAAACAGUAUGGUCUUCUGAGUUGUAAUGCUAUGUGGUUGAAAGAAUGCCCAAUGUUUAAGGACCUAACAUGUUCAUCUUCAGGGUUCAAGAGUAAGUAAAAAAAACAGCAAAAGCAGACAGAAAACCUGAACCCUGUUGCCAACUGCUUCUGCUAGUUUCUUGCUUUUCUUACUCUUUAACUAUGCAGAUGGAGGUGAUAUGUUCCUCUCAAAUGUUGGGCUUUCUCUGAACUACAUAAUAUUAAAAGCCCAGAAGACCAUAUUUUUCACAUUUUUAAGUUGAUAACCUCCCAUGAAUGCAAGCAAAUGCUGGUUGUACAGAAACACCUGUGACACUUUUAAAGUAAUUUCCUUUAUGAGUUGUAUUUGUUUCAAUUUUUAUUCUGAUCAGAAGAUCAUGCAUGGGACAUUAUGCCUUUAUUCCCUGUUAGGGCAGCAUAAGUACUGUUAGGAACAAAACAUUCCAUUACAGCUUUACUAUUGGCAUUGGGUUAAGUAUGUGUUAUGGAAUCACAUAAUUUAUGCCUGACGAGAUAUUGAAUCUCAAUAGGGAAGAUUUGUUACUAAAAAUGAUGUAAUGUCCUAGAACUGUCACUGCUAUUGGAAAUAAAAAUUCAGUUCUCUGUACCAAUUCAAGUAACAAAUAACUACACUGUAUAUUUUUGGAUCUUAUUCAAAGCAGUUUUAAUUACUCAUUUCAAGUACAUCGCAUGACAGCAAGGAAUUAGUUUAGGUAAAAACAAUUACUUAUACUAAUGUAAAUAUUUACCUUUCUACACAUAUCCCUUCUUUUAAUUUUAAAAAAUAUGAAGAAUAAAAGUAUGUGCCAUCGUGGGAGAAUGGAAGUCAGGACCAAGCAAUGUGGAACAAAAUUGCAAUGGCCAGAGCUGCCAAGCAGCAAAUGGAUGUUCACCAUGAUGGUGGGUUUUCUUGUUGGGAGAAACAUGUACAAAUUUUUUUCAUGUGGGAAUACAAUUAUUAUUUUUUGAAAGCAUAUAUCAAAAAUAACCAGUUAUGUUAAGUGAACAAUGAUCAUUUCUGUUAUAUUUUGCAUUUUGUAACUUAUUUAGUGUAACACACUCCAUUUUCAAAACAUGCACGUCUCUUGCCAUUGCCAGAAUAAAAUUAACAAUACUACAGCCCAAGCAUCUAUAAGUUUCCUUGUGAUAAAAAGGGGAUGUUUGAAAAUUGUGUGCUGUGAAGUCUAUUCCUCUUUAUGCAUGUAUUUCCCUCAUAUACAUGCUAUCUUCAUCCAUUAAUGAGGUGUGCAUUUUUAAUAUAAAGUUUGUGAAGAAAUUUACCUUAAUGAGACCUGGCAUGCUUUCUGAUAUGCAGCACGUACAGUUAUAUUAUAUGAACACUGUGUUUAGGUUUAGGACCCACAAUCUGGCACCACACAACUCAGUCAAAUGAAUUGGGUCAAUUUCAUGUUAUGAAGGACUCAAUCAAAUUGUAAUUACAUGUUAUGGUAUUGUGGAAACCUUCGGUUGCUUUUUUAUUAUUACAGUUAUUUUUUGUACCAUGCUGAGGUGCAAAAUAAAAAAUAUAUUAAGCAUUCA